AAUAUAGAAGUGUAGAUCUAGAUCUAGAUUAUAGAUUAAUCUAGAUCUAUGUAAUAUUUGUUUUUCAAUUAGACUUACACUUAAUAAAUGACUUAUAAUUAUUUACCUAAUAAAGUAUAUGUCCUUGGAGAUAUACAUUUCUUAAUCUAAUCUAGAUUAUAUAUAGAUCUAGAUCUAGAUCUAGAUUAUCAUUAUAGUACGACUUAGUACGUCGUACAAGUGUAAAUACUAAAUAGUGUAAUUGAUUUAUCAUCUUCUUAUGAUGAUAUUUAAUGAUAUUAUUUAAUAUUAUAAUUAUUGAUUUUAAACACUAAAAGUAAAAGACAAAAGUCAUGAAAGUGCAACAUUCUCAUCAUUCUGAGUUCAUUGUAACAACUUAUUUAGUUACAACACAAGUACUGAAGUAGAAGUAGUUUCAAGUAGAGAUCUAGAUCUACUUACUUCUAGAUUCUAUCUAGACUUAUAUGUCUUUUUUGUCACAAAUUAGUGACAAUUGAAUUUGAAGUGUUUAAUAAGUUUAUAGAUCUAAUUAAAGUAGUUUUGAAAAUGAAUCUCUUGUAAUGGGUGGUGAUAAAUGUGCUAUUCUUGGCUGCUCUUCCACUAGAAGUAGAUGCAAAGGUGUGUCGUUUUUCAAGUUACCUAAGUUGGGUAAAGGAAUAGAAAGAGAUAAAUGGGCAAAGCAGUUAGUAUUAUCAAUAAAUAGAUCUGACAAGAAAUUUGAUCCCAACAAGGCUAGGAUUUGCUCACUACAUUUUCAACCGUCUUGCAUUAGAACAGGCACCACAGGAAAAAGAUUCUUAUUACCUGGGAGUAUACCGACUGAGUUGAUGCCUACCAUUGCACUGCCAAAUACGAAAAACAGUCACAGGAAUCCACCAGUGGAGCGCCCAGCACCUGCCGUCGCCAAUAGAGUUGCAUAUUACUCCUUUUCCGACGUAAAAAGAGAUGCAACCGUCAUAACUCUUCCAUGGUGCCUAAUAGAGAAUUCCGAAAACUCAGUUGUAUUUGGACUAAUUGAAAAUGAUACAUCUAUUUUAAAAUUUAAAGUUUUUUUUAAAAAUAAUUUUGUUAUAGAUGUUCAUAUUUAUGGUAUCCCUGCCCCACAUCUCUCACAAAGUUAUGAGGGAGUAAAAAUAAAAACAUAUCUCAAUUUUCUUUUAUCAAAAUCUGUUUGUCCUGGUGUAAGGCAAAAACAUUUGCAAGGGUUUGCUAGUCUUCCGGAAAAAACAGAUCAAACAAGUUAUUUUAGGCAUAUUCUAAACAAGACAGAUUAUGGAACAAACAACUUUUAUCACUUCUCAACUAUCCGAUCUCGGCAUUGUUUGCUCCUUUCUGAUGGCGCUUGCACAAAGUGCAAAGAUUCUGGGCGUUUACUACAUAAAAAGUGGACUAGAGCAGAGCUAAGCAAGAAAACUCCACUGAAGUUGAAUAGUUCUAUGAACUCUACAUGCCCUACAAAAUUAAAAGAUACACUAAAAAGUAGUAGGAAAGAAAAUAAAAUUUUGGCAAAAAAAUUACAAUUCUUUAAUGAAAGCCUUAAAAAAAAUUACAUUGAACUUAGAGAAGAUGUACAUUCAGGCAUUAAAAAUUUUUUGGACAAUGCUGCCAUCACAGAUCCAUUAUCUAAAUUAUUCUGGGAAGAACAAAAGAAAGCGUUCGACUCUAAAGCAUAUGGCAUGCGUUGGCAUCCAACUAUGUUAAGACUGGCAAUUUUAUUGCAUAGUAGGAGCCCAACAGCUUACCAAACAUUGAGAAAAACAGGUCUACUCAAACUACCAGGUGAAGCAACACUUAGAGACUAUACAAACUCCAUUCAACCUCAAACUGGUUUUAAUUCUGAUGUUAUUGAUGAAAUUAAUCAAGCAACUAAAGAUUUUACUGAACAUGAGCGCUAUAUUGUAUUACUUCAUGACGAAAUGGCCAUAAAAAGUGAUCUGGUGUAUGAUCAGCGAAGUGGAGAAGUUGUAGGAUUUGUCAACAGUGACCAAAUAAAAGACGGCUCAUCAUACCAACUUGCUACCCAUGUACUUUUAUUUUACAUUGUAGGGAUUAGUACCACUUUUAAAAUGAGUUUAUGUUAUUUUGGAACAGAGUCUGUAACACCCUCGGAUCUAUAUACUUGCUAUUGGAAAGCUGUCCAAAAUUUAGAAAAUCAUUGUGGACUAAAAGUUAUUGUUUCUACAUGUGAUAAAGCUUCUGCCAAUGUUAAACUACAUCAAUUACAUAGUAAUCAAUUUGAUAGUAAUAUUUGCUUCAAAACAAUUAAUCAUUGUGCAACUGACAGGUUUAUCUAUUUUAUAUCUGACGUGCCACACUUACUCAAAACAGUUCGAAAUAACAUUUUCAAAUCAGGUUUUGGCAAAUCUAGACUGCUAUGGAACAACGGAAAUCACAUUUUAUGGAGCCAUAUUGUUGACUUGUACAAUAGAGAUAUAUCAUCAGAACUAUUUAGAACACAUUUGACAUCAGAUCACAUAAAUCUAACAUCACACUCCAUUAUGAAUGUUCAACUUGCAGCACAGGUUCUUAGCAAAAGUGUAGGCUCAGUUAUGCAAGCAUAUGGCUCAAAAGAAAGUCAAGAAACAGCAAAGUUUAUUUUAUUGAUGGAUAGGUUUUUUGACUGCAUGAAUAGCAGAUCACUAUCUGAAGCUCAUUCUGUACAUAAGCCAGACCUUCUACCUUAUACAAAUUGUAAUGAUCCUAGAUUUGAUUUUUUAAACAAUGAAUUUAUGGAUUAUUUAAAUAAGUGGAAAAGCUGUGUAGAGAAGAGAGAAGGACAAUUUAAUACCAGUCAGAGAAAUAAAAUGUUUCUUAGUCAUCAAACGUACAAGGGUCUUGUGAUGACUAUAAAUUCUUUCACAGAAGCUACUAGAUAUCUUUUAGAGAAUGGGGUCAAAUAUGUUCUGAGUAACAGAUUUUGUCAGGAUCCUCUUGAAGAGCAUUUUGGAAGACACCGGUGUUUAGGCCACACUAAUGAAAAUCCAAAUCUGUGGACAUUUGGAUAUCAAGAAAAUAAACUUAGGCUUCAGAGAAACUUUACACUGGCUUUUCAGCCAAGAGGAAAUGUUCAAUCCCACCACAAUGAAAUGAAUAGCCACAUAAGUUGCAGUCCACUAAAAAAGAAAAAAAAAUAAAUUGCGAUU